AAAUUUUAGCUGCGAAUUUCAAAAAGAUACGGACAGACCGCUGGUUGGAAGGAUUCAUGGUGAUCGCAUCCAUCGUGGGGUUCGCGUCUGGCUUCAUAAAUUUAGGACGCGUAAUUGUGGAUCAUUGUGCGCCUCCUUUUCUGGGCGCGUACUUUCUUAAGUGUCCCAUUUGCUCGGGACCUAAUCCUAAGGUCAAUUAUGCAACUUGGAUUCCCAUGCUGAUGAUGGAUUUCUACUUCGUGUUCACCAUUAUGCACAAAGGAUUCUUUUAUCCAAUCCAUGUCGUAUUUCCUACAACAGGGAGGAUGGUGGAUUACUUGGAAAUCAUCAUAAGAAAUUCAUCCUCCGAAAGUCUUCGGCUGUACAGAGGCGUCCAAAUUCUGGAAGCACAACUGAACGACUAUGCUCGAAUUCGCGUCAUGCCCGCGUUCAUGUCGGGGGUCCCCUUUGUCGAGGUUUUGAGUCUCUUUGUAAUCAUCAAGCUGCACGAUCAAGUCCCCCUCCCUGGAUUUCUCCUCUUCCCCGAAGGAUUCAUCACGGCGGGAUCGGCCCUGAUCGUCUACGAAACCGUGGCCGCCAUCCUGAACACCAAAUCGGUUCAAACUAUCGAUAUUUGGAAGCAACGUUUCAGCCGGGGCAAAGCGAAACGGAGAGAAGUGAAGUCGUUGAGGCCGUUGAUGGUUAAAUUUGGGUCAAAUUACAUCGACAAAGGGACGCCGUUAAUUACGCAAGACUUUUGCAUUAACCAAACCGUGUCCAUGUUGUUGAUGAAGCGGUAGUAAAUAAGUAAAUGCGUGGCUAGUUACGUAUGUAGGGAAUCUAGUAGAUGUAGAUUAUGUACCUGUGUAUAAGUAUACGUACGUACCUAUGUUAAAAGAUGCAUUAGUUAUCCAGUAACUACAUAACAUACGGGUAAAUUUAUAAUUAGACUUAAAAAUUUGAGCCAUUCAGCAUGUUGUUGGAUGCUUUGUCGAUUAGAGGUUAUCAAAGCUUUUGAAGGUAGACUGACGGAGAGUGGAGAGCGUACUCUGGAUAUCAUCCUAUGUAUUUCGCACCACAACUCAUUCAGUAAACUUGCAAAACUCUAAAAAUGUGUGUCGUGGGUCGUGGGGGGAUUCGCAAAAUAUGACUUCACAAAUCUAUUUACUUCUAAACAAACCAUUUUGAUGUUGUUUCCAUUUCUCUCGCUGGUGAUGAGGAUGAGUGCGAAAUAAUUUUGCGAAAUAAAAACAUGCCCCUUGCUGGAUAAACUUGCGAAAAAAAUUCCAUGGUUUUGCAGCUCAAGUUUUGCGAAAUCUUGUAAAAUUCGCAACACUUCACAAGUUAUGUUGCUAUGCACAAUUUUCGAGAUAUGAUACGGUUAGUUGUGUGGCCUCUGUAUUUAUAAGCACAUUGAUAACAGUUCUGUUAAAAUGGAGAAUAAGAACAUGCGUUUACUGUAGAAUAAAAUUUAUUCGAUAAAAGUUACACCGCUUUUGACUGAAAUUGUACACUGAUUAUGAAAUAUGUUAAUAAAGUGUUGCACACCUGAAA